UGUACACUAGCUUGAAAAUAAAGCAGCCGGUAGUGAUAUUUAUUGGGUUUUUUUUCCCUGACAAAUAGAUCAACACGAUUUCUCUUGUUCGUGGUCUUCCUUCUCUCUGAUUUCGCGGAUUCGCAGCCUAGAUUCUAUUACUUUACAGAAUGGCGGAUACUGCAGAGAAAGUCCCCGCCGCUGAGUCAUCUUCAUCCUCCGCGGAAGCAUCGAUCGCCGUAGAGAAGACAGAGCCCACCACGACGGAGAAGAAAAAGUGGGGCGAUGUUGAGGAUGACGAUGAAGAGGAAGCAAACGCAGUUUCGGAGCUCAAUUCUUUGAGUAUUAAGGAGGAAGAGAAACAUGAAUCUGUGCUUGAAGAACCCGAAGAUUCCAACAUCAAAGCGGUUACUUCUGGUGACACACCAUAUACAUCGGCAAGUAGGUUCGAAGAUUUGAACUUAUCGCCUGAGUUGAUGAAAGGCUUGUAUGUAGAGAUGAAGUUCGAGAAGCCGAGCAAGAUCCAAGCAAUCAGUUUGCCUAUGAUUAUGACACCCCCUCACAAGCAUCUGAUUGCUCAGGCGCAUAACGGAUCCGGCAAGACGACCUGUUUCGUUCUUGGAAUGCUUAGUCGUGUUGACCCAAAUCUGAGAGAGCCUCAAGCCCUUUGCAUUUGCCCCACCAGAGAAUUAGCAAACCAGAAUGUGGAAGUUCUUCAGAAGAUGGGGAAGUUUACUGGGAUCGCUGUUGAAGUUGCUGUCCCAGAGAGGACUAGAGGUGUAUCGAAUAUGAGACGAGAUGCCGUUUCUGCCCAAGUUGUGAUUGGCACACCUGGGACAAUUAAAAAGUGGAUAGCUUUUAAGAAACUUGGUCUAAAUCAUUUGAAGAUUCUGGUUUUUGAUGAGGCUGACCAGAUGCUUGCUACGGAUGGAUUUAGGGAUGAUUCAUUGAGGAUAAUGAAAGACAUUGAGAGAGUUAAUCCCACUUUUCAGGUUCUUCUGUUCUCGGCAACUUUUAACGAAACUGUCAAAGAUUUUGUCGCGAGGACAGUCAAGGACCCCAACCAACUGUUUGUAAAAAGAGAGGAUCUGGCUUUGGACUCAGUAAAGCAGUAUAAAGUGGUUUGCCCAAAUGAGCAAACCAAGAUUGAAGUCAUCAAGGAUCAGAUCAUGGAGCUUGGGGAUAUUGGCCAGACCAUAAUAUUUGUGAGAACGAAGGUGUCAGCAAACAAAUUGCACAAAGCUCUUGCGGAGAUGGGAUAUGAUGUCACCAGUGUUCAUGGUAGUAUGGAGAAUGAGGACAGAGAUAAGAUAGUGAAAGAAUUCAAAGACUGCCUAACUCAAGUUCUCAUUGCAACCGAUGUCAUUGCAAGAGGUUUUGACCAACAGCGGGUGAAUUUGGUUGUCAAUUAUAAUAUGCCUACUAAACAUGAUUCCGGUGGGGAGCCAGAUUAUGAGGUCUACCUUCACAGAGUUGGAAGAGCUGGCCGUUUUGGCCGUAAAGGAGCUGUGUUCAACCUGCUUCUCGAUGAUAGAAGAGAUAUCGAGGUGAUGGAAAAGAUUGAGAAAUAUUUUGGAGCGCACGUUAAGGAGAUCAAGUCUUGGAACUCAGAGGAAGAGUACAAGAUCGCACUUAAGGAAGCUGGUCUGCUCGAUGAGUAAAAAAAACAAAAAAAACACACCCAAGGAAGACACAAGUUGUUUGAAGAAAACUUUGGCUUUUUGUUUUCUGAGAUUGCCGUUGUAGUUUCUUUUAUCAGAUUGCAGAGAGAUUUCAGACUUUGUAGUUUUCUUUUAUUUAUUUAUUUAUAUCAAGAAAACGCAUAAUUUUGAUUUUCA